AUGCAAAAUUGGACAAACCACACUGCACUAUAUUGUCACAAAAAUAAAGAGCAUGCUUUGAAGUGAAAGCAGUGCUUCUACCUAAACCUGACAUUGCUGAAGCAGUUGCUUUCGGCGUCCCCGGUGACACAUACGGGGAAAAGAGGUAACACGAUUAAUUUCCUCAGGCGCCAUCCUGUUUAGUUAACAGCUCAUCAACUCUUGAUCUCACUAGCAGCUACAUGUAAUUGCGAACAUCAAGAAAAAGAAAAAGAAAAACUUUGGAUGCCGACGUAAUAUGGGCACACAGUCCAGUCAUUUGGCCGCACUGUGAUUGAAACAUAUACCUGAAAGUAGCAAUUUAGCAAUUUUUUUUUUCUUCCUCCUGUUUUUGUUUGUCUUUUCUGACAAGUACUGGCUAAAGUUAGUGGCUCGUAUGCUACUAAAUGGACGCCAAUGAGGUCAUGGAGGACCUUCUGUAACUAUUUUUGCCGAUAACGUAUGGAGAUGGAUCGAUAUGGAACUAUUAAAGUAUUUGGUUACAGUUUGGUUGCUCACAGGAAAUCUGGGUUUUUGGAACCUUUGAGGUCAUGGAUGUGACUAAACUUGGGUGUCUUAUAGCCAGGUCAGAUUGAACCACGUUAGGAGUUGUAACCAAGUGGAAACCAUCUCCAUUUUUAUUACCUCGGCCCAACUUAAUUCUGGGCCAUUUUCCCUGACAAAGGGAUAAGACUGGGCAAAAUUCUGAUUCAAUCUUGGUGAGCUGAGCUGGGCCUAGCCAAUAUAAUUGCGAAACUGGACUUAGAACUGGACAUAAAAAUACAGAAGUCUGUUGCAAAUCCCUCCUUCCAGUCUCCGGCCAAAAAAGAAGAAGAGAGAGAAUACAUUGCCACUGUAAAACCCUACACAAAGACACAGCUUCCUCUUAGUCCAAGCUCCUCUGAAAACAACGGCUGUCGUUCUUCUUUAGCUCUAUAAUUUGAAGACAAGAUGGUGAGCAAAAGGCAGAAACUAGCACGAAAGAUAUACAAAGAAGAACAUCCAGAGUUGUUUCCAAAACCAGAACCAACACCACCUAACGACCCCAACAACAAGAAGAAGAAGAAGAAGAAGAAGAAGAGCUUGUUCAAGAGAAAAAAUUCUGACCCAAAAGACCCAAAUAAAGCAAAUAAAAAAGGGUUUAGAAAACACCCUCUUAGAGUUCCUGGUAUGAAGCCUGGUGAUAGUUGUUUUAUUUGCAAAGCCCAAGACCAUAUUGCCAAACUUUGCCCUCAAAAAGAUGAAUGGGAGAAGAAUAAGAUAUGUUUGCUUUGUCGGCAUCGUGGGCAUAGUCUGAAGCGUUGUCCUAAGAAGAACGAUGAGACUAUGGAUCAGAAAUUGUGUUACAAUUGUGGGGAAACAGGGCACUCUCUUUCUCAAUGUCCUCAGCCUCGAGAAGAUGGGGGGACAAAGUUUGCCAAUUGCUUUAUCUGUAAUGAACGUGGACAUUUGAGCAAGGACUGUCCUAAAAAUACUCGUGGCAUAUACCCAAAAGGUGGUUGCUGUAAAAUAUGUGGUGGUGUAACACAUUUGGCUAGAGAUUGUCCCGAUAAGGGCAAGAGAGGUGACAUGGCCUUUGGCAGAGGAGCCAUUGGAAGGGAAGUAAGGCCUACUGGGCGAGUGACUAAGUUUGUAAGUGGAGAUGAGCUUGAUGAUGAUUUUAUGACAGAAAACAUGUUUAGCAUUCCAAAAGACAAGUCAACUGAUUCAAAAGUUGUUCCUCCCGAUUCAAAGGAUGGUCAUGUAAAAUCAAAGAAGAAACAAGGUCCCAAAAUAGUGAACUUUGUAGCAAUUCUCAGCCCAUGUUUUGCCCCUCAAAUCUCUCACCUUCCCUGUAUUUGUCUAAGCUCUCAUUGUAUACCCCAAGUUAAGGAUCUCUAUCCCCUUCCCUUCUAUUUUCCCAUCUUUCCAUUCCAUUUUCCUUUCUCUUCUUCCAGCUGGGUUCUCACAAGGUUUUUGCUCUCUUUGGAAGGCAACAUGGCUAAUGCAGCUUCGGGAAUGGCUGUUGAUGAUGAAUGUAAGCUGAAGUUUUUGGAACUGAAGGCAAAGAGAAACUAUCGAUUCAUCAUUUUCAAGAUCGAAUCUCAGCAAGUGGUGGUAGAGAAACUCGGGAGCCCUGAAGAAACCUACGAGGAAUUCGCUGCUUCCCUCCCUGCUGAUGAGUGUCGCUAUGCUGUCUUUGACUAUGAUUUCAUUACCAAUGAGAAUUGCCAGAAAAGUAAAAUCUUCUUCAUUGCAUGGUCACCUGAUACAUCAAGGGUGAGAAGUAAGAUGGUUUAUGCAAGCUCCAGAGACAGAUUCAAGAGGGAACUAGAUGGCAUUCAAGUGGAGUUGCAAGCAACCGAUCCUAGCGAGAUGAGCUUCGACAUUAUAAAGUCUCGAGCUCUUUAGAGACUGUUCUUGUUUCUUCUUUCAGCAAUCAGCCUUUCUUGACAAAUUACAUUUUGCCGGUGUUUAUUUACUUGUUUGUUUUUUUUUUUUUCAUGUUUAUUCUUCUAACUUGUUCUAAUUUUCGUUAUAUGAAUUUUAUGUUAAA